GUUAAGUUCCUUGAUGUGAGUCGUUUUCAUUAACCAAACACCUAAGUGAUAGUCUGUUCAGUUAUUAUUGCAGUUAAUAGUGAACCUCGACAAGUUCAUAUUAAGCAUAAUGAGCAUCUCAUUGACUUUACAAUGAUUUGGUAACUGAGCACAGGACAUGAAGAGGGGCUGCCCUAGCCCCGGUGAGCAACCCGCGGCGAAGGUGAUCGCCGAGAUGGAUGUGGACAGCCCGGCCUCGCCGCCGGAGCAGGAGUCCGGCCAGCGGCUGCACGGCGGCCUGCCGGACUGGAUCGCCGUGACGCGGCGGCGUGCGGCCAAGCCGCGCCCGGACAACGGACGCCCCAAGCCGUUGGCGACGGCCAACGUGUUUAAGCCGCUCCCGGUACAGGAGACACCGGGAGCCAAGGUAACGGCCAAGCCCUCACAGGCGAGGCCGACUCCAAUUAUUAUCUCCAAGGAGAAUUUUGAUUUUGAAAGGUGCCGAGCGGCGCUUCUCGCCGCGGGCAUUAAAAAUUUUAAUUUUAAUAUCCAGCCACAUAUGGCACAGCUGUCCUGCAAGACUAAGGCCGAUAAAGAAUCGGCCCUUGCAGCGCUCAAAGGUGUGGAACGUUUGCAGUUCCACACAUACACUGACAAGGACGACAGAGCCCACAUCUCUGUCGUCCAAGGUCUGUACUACAGCUCCGCAGAGGAGCUAGGUAGUGCACUGGAACUGGGGUUCAAACCCACCAAAGUUGUCGCCUUCAAGGGCGACGCACUGGUACCAAGGUACCAAGUGACGCUCCCGAAGAGCACUGAUAUCGGUGCUUUCAGGAAAAUCAAAUAUAUCUGUCACCAAUCGGUGCGAAUUUAUAAAUAUAAUCCAAUAAUAAAUACGGUACCAUGUGUUCCAGGUGCCAGACAUUCGGACAUGCAGAACGGAACUGCAACCGGGCCGCCCGGUGCGUCAAGUGCACGGGAGCCCACCUCACAGCGGAGUGCGACCGGAAGGAGGAGGCUCCAGUCCGGUGGUGCAACUGCGGCGGAGAGCACGCGGCUUCGUACCGCCAGUGCCCCCAACGCCGCAUCUACCUUGCGGCCGUCAAGGAGCGCCAGGAGUGCUUCCAGACCCGCCAAAGCGCACCACCCCAGCCCCGCCUGUUCAAAUCGAACAUGGCGAACGGCCGCGGGUGGAACUCAGUAAUGACAGGGAACGCCCCGUCACCGUCAGGCCUUCAGCCACCCACAACGCGGUCCACUACCGGACCGCCGCCCCUCACGGGCACCCAGUCCGGAAGACAAAUCUUCCCAGGCCUUAGGCCCACUGGCCCUAUGCCAGGUGGCUUUAAAAGAGUCGAGACAGACUCAGCCCCCUUUAAAACAACCGAAGAGCCAGACUCUGAGGAAAUGUCAACCCACGAAAUUAUAAAACUAAUUAAAAUCGCAGGUCAGCUGAAGCCUCUGCUACGCCGCAGCAUGAGCUACGAGGAGCAAAUCAUCACAGUGUUUGAGUUCCUGAGCAUCCAUGGAUGAAGAGACGGCGACCCCUCCCCCGACUGGCACUGCUCGUCCUCUACGAGUAGCGUCGCUUAACAUAAACGGUAUUGUGAGUAGGAAAAGAGAACCCAUACAUUUCCUAGGUACACACAAUAUCGACAUUACACUCAUACAAGAAACACACCUCGUUCCCACACGACGUUUUUCAAUUCCCGGUUACACCUGUUACAGACGUGACGGACAGACAGACAACCGCGCCCGAGGUGGCGUCGCGUUUUGUCAAGUCAAAUAUAUCGCAUCAUUCACUUCCACCGGUGGAUCAUGAUAUAUGCGAUAUAAUUACAAUUAGAUUAGAGUCUCACCGCGGACAGACACCCAUCACAAUAGUUAACUUUUAUUGCCCUAAGCAAGACAGUAGAAUCACGACAGCCAUCGCAAAAGCUCUCUCUCUCGGCAACACCGUCAUCUGUUCCGGAGAUUUUAACGCCCGCCAUAGACAUUGGGAUUGCAAUCGAGCAAAUUCCAAUGGAUCGCGUCUUUUUAAUCACUUUGCAGGUCACGAAUAUAAUAUUUUAAUUCCGGACAUAGCGACACACCUCCCCUCCAACCCUAGGCACUCUGCCGCUAAAUUACAACUCACCCUUGCCAAAAAUAUCACAAACGUUACAGACCCACUGACUUAUGACGUUAUCUCGGACCAUUGUCCCAUUAUUUUCGAAAUUAAUAGCCUCAUGCCGCGCAUCUCGCGACCUAUCUUUAAAUACAGUAAUGCUAAAUGGGACACUUAUAAAAAACAUAUUAACGAAGCCCUCCCCUCCCCCGGCUCCUUAAAAUUACACCGACCCGAAUUAGUGGACAACGCCAUACAAACACUGACUGACGCUAUAAUCAAAGCCCGUAACGCGAACAUCCCGACGUUCACACCGAAACAAACAAACAAACUUCCACACGACAUAACAAAACUUAUCAAACUAAAAAACCAAUACCGACAUCACGCACAGAGACUUCAUACGCGUCGGUUUAACACGAUUAUUAAUUCAAUGACACAAAGACCGAGGCGGUUCUUUUCUCAUACAAAACUUCCCGUAAACUCAAUAUCUCUUUAAAGCCACAUAUUAAUAACCACCCGGUCGAAUGGCAGUCACAGGCUAAAUACCUAGGACUUAUCCUCGACCGGAAACUUUCCUUCACGCCUCAUAUUAAUUACGCCCGCUCUAAGGCACUUACUGCCUUGAGCCUGUUGAGACCCAUUUUCUAUAGGAAUUCCACUCUCUCAACUAGUAACAAGCGUCUACUUUACCAGUCGUACAUACGCCCGGUCAUGAUAUACGCAAGUCCGGUAUGGAUUAACACAAAUCAAAACAAUUAUCGUAAACUACAAACUGUGCAAAAUAGAUCCCUUAAAACCAUCUACCGGACCCACCCGCGUACAAAUCUUAAACGACUUCAUGUAAAGAAAAACAUCCCAACACUAGAACAACACAUACAAGAGAUAUCCCAUAGCUUCUACAGAGGGCUACGCCGACUGAAAGACGGAAUAAACCCUGCCCUCCGGUCGACUUGUAGUCGUAAGUCACUCACAGAGUACUGCCUCAGCAUAAAACGUUAUAAACAUGCAUUACCACAUCACAAUUGGUUAGAGCUCACAGAACACUAGCGUAUACACAAACACACACUCACGCACACAGAGUUCUAGCUAGAUCUGAAUAAAUGUAAAACCAAUAUAUUGUAAAUUGGUUUAGUUAUAAGAAUUAAAUAACGGCGAAAACUGGCCUCCUAUUCCCUCUCCCUCCUUCCCUUUCCCAAGAUCCCCCCCCCCACCCCACACCCCUCUUAUAUUUAUAUAUUAUAUAUGUAUGUAUACAUAUCUAUGUAUUUAUUUACCUUAGUUUUUAAGUUAGUUUUUAAGUUCUAGUCAUUAGUCUUAAGUUAGGUUAAGUGAUAGGUAACGAUUAAUAUUACGUUAUUUCAAUAGCAAAUAGCCAGGUUUUCCCAGUUUCCUGGAUCCCCCCCCCCACAAACCUCAUGUUAUUAGUUUUUUAAGCAUAAUAAAGUUUUAUCCCUCAAUACGUAGAUAGGGUUAUAGAAAUAAGUUUUCUGAUACCUACAUGUAUAAGGCUUAAUUGUAAAUUGCUUUAAUAAGUAGAUUUAAGUAAUUUUGUAUAUAUAAUUUAAUACCAAAUAUAGAAAUUUUGAAUUUGA